AUGGCAUGGCCACCUCCCUGCUGGCUGUGUGUCCUGGGGGCCCUGGCAGGCCUCUCGGCUACCCCAGCCCUCAAGAGCUGUCCAGGGAGGCACUACUGGGCUCCGGGCGAACGGUGCUGCCGGAUGUGUGACCCAGGGACAUUCUUGGUGAAGGACUGUGAUGAGCACGGAGAGGCUGCCCAGUGUGAACCGUGUGUCCCCGGGGUCUCCUUUUCUCCGGACCACCACAGCCGGCACCACUGUGAGAGCUGUCGGCACUGCAACUCUGGUCUUCUCAUCCGUAACUGCACCAUCACCACCAAUGCCAAGUGCACCUGCCCCAGUGGCUGGCACUGCAGGGACAAAGAGUGUACCGAGUGUGACCCUCCUCCACGCCCCUUGGUGAUCGCUCCUCCUUCUCAGGACCCAGGCCCACACACACAGCCCACCCACCUACCUUAUGCCAAAGAGUGGCCAGCGGCCAGGACGCACAGACCCGCGCAGACCCCGGCUGACUUGAGACAGCUGCCUGCCCCAGUUCUCCCUACCCACUGGCCACCCCAGAAGACCCUGUGCAGCUCCAACUGCAUCCGCAUCGCUGUGAUCUUCUCCGGAAUGUUUCUUGUUUUCACCCUGGGCGGAGCCCUGUUCCUCCAUCAACAAAGAAAAUAUGGAUCAAACAAAGGAGAAAGCGCCGCGGUGCCCGCAGAGCCUGGUCCUUACAGCUGCCCCAGGGAGGAGGAAGGCAGCGCCAUCCCCAUCCAAGAGGCUUAUCGGAAGCCCGAACCUGCUUCCUAUCCCUGA